CAAUGGCGGCGCGGGCGGCGCGCAUGCGCGCUGCGCCCCGCCGCGGGGGGCGGACGGGCGGGCGGCUCCGGCGCGCAGAGCCAGCGCGGCGGCGGAGCGGAGCGCAUCAUGUGCGGGAUCUUUGCUUACCUGAACUACCAUGUUCCCCGGACCAGACGGGAGAUCCUGGAGACCCUUAUCAAAGGGCUCCAGCGCCUGGAGUACAGAGGCUACGACUCUGCAGGUGUGGGAAUUGAUGGCGGGAAUGACAAAGACUGGGAAGCCAACGCUUGUAAAAUCCAGCUCAUCAAACAGAAGGGGAAGGUGAAGGCUCUGGACGAGGAGGUUCACAAGCAACAGGACAUGGACCUGGACAUCGAGUUUGAUGUGCACCUUGGGAUCGCCCACACCCGCUGGGCCACCCACGGCGAGCCCAGUCCUGUCAACAGCCACCCGCAGCGCUCGGACAAGAACAACGAGUUCAUCGUCAUCCACAACGGCAUCAUCACCAACUACAAAGACCUGCGGAAGUUCCUGGAGAGCAAGGGCUACGACUUCGAGUCGGAGACGGACACGGAGACCAUUGCCAAACUGGUCAAGUACAUGUACGACAACCGCGACAGCGACGACAUCAGCUUCACCACCCUUGUGGAGAGGGUCAUCCAGCAGCUGGAAGGUGCUUUUGCCCUUGUGUUCAAAAGUGUCCAUUAUCCUGGUCAAGCGGUCGGUACCAGGCGAGGCAGCCCCCUGCUCAUCGGAGUGCGCAGCGAGCACAAACUCUCCACCGACCACAUCCCCAUCCUGUACCGGACGGCGGUACAAUCUAUGGAUCAUUCUUUUGAUGGAAUAUCCAUAAAAAUGGAGGAAGGUAAAGACAAGAAGGGGAGUUGCAACCUGUCUCGUGUUGACAGCACCACCUGCCUCUUCCCCGUUGAGGAGAAAGCUGUGGAGUACUACUUUGCUUCUGAUGCGAGCGCUGUCAUUGAGCAUACCAACCGAGUGAUUUUCCUUGAGGACGAUGACGUAGCAGCUGUGGUCGAUGGCCGUCUUUCCAUCCACCGGAUUAAACGCACAGCAGGCGACCACCCCGGACGCGCCGUCCAAACCCUGCAGAUGGAACUUCAGCAAAUUAUGAAGGGUAACUUCAGCUCAUUUAUGCAGAAGGAGAUUUUUGAACAGCCAGAAUCUGUCGUUAAUACAAUGAGAGGAAGGGUCAACUUCGAUGACUACACUGUAAAUCUUGGUGGAUUGAAGGAUCACAUUAAGGAGAUUCAGAGGUGUCGUCGCUUAAUCCUUAUCGCUUGUGGGACAAGUUAUCACGCUGGAGUUGCGACCCGUCAGGUUCUGGAAGAACUGACUGAAUUACCUGUCAUGGUUGAACUAGCCAGUGACUUCUUGGACAGAAACACCCCCGUCUUCAGAGAUGAUGUUUGUUUCUUCAUCAGCCAGUCAGGUGAGACGGCAGACACUCUGAUGGGCCUUCGGUACUGCAAAGAGAGAGGAGCCUUAACCGUAGGAAUAACUAACACAGUCGGCAGCUCCAUAUCGCGAGAGACAGACUGCGGAGUCCAUAUCAACGCAGGGCCAGAGAUCGGGGUUGCCAGUACCAAGGCCUAUACCAGCCAGUUUGUCUCUCUGGUGAUGUUUGCUCUGAUGAUGUGCGAUGACAGAAUUUCUAUGCAGGAACGGCGGAAGGAAAUCAUGCGCGGCCUAAAGGGACUGCCAGACUUAAUUAAAGAAGUGCUGAGUAUGGAUGAUGAGAUCCAGAAGCUGGCCACGGAGCUGUACCACCAGAAGUCUGUUCUCAUCAUGGGACGUGGCUACCAUUAUGCCACGUGUCUUGAGGGAGCUUUGAAAAUUAAAGAGAUUACCUACAUGCACUCGGAAGGGAUACUGGCAGGUGAGCUGAAGCACGGCCCUCUCGCGCUGGUGGACAAACUCAUGCCCGUUAUCAUGAUCAUCAUGAGAGACCACACGUACGCCAAGUGCCAGAACGCGCUCCAGCAGGUCAUUGCGCGGCAAGGGAGACCUGUCGUGAUUUGUGAUAAGGAAGACAUCGAGACAAUUAAGAACAACAAAAGAACAAUCAAAGUUCCCCAUUCGGUGGACUGUCUACAGGGGAUCCUGAGCGUCAUCCCCCUCCAGCUUCUGGCUUUCCACCUGGCAGUUCUCAGAGGAUACGAUGUUGAUUUUCCAAGAAAUCUGGCCAAGUCCGUAACUGUAGAGUGAAAGAUCAUCUGACUCAUAGGGGCAAAGGGGAAUUAAAUGAAAGACUUUUUUUGGUACCAAAAUAACUUGAUUUUAAAGACCCCUAGGUAAAUCUUAUUUUGGUAAAUCAUUGUUUCUGUAUAAGAUCACCGUGAUUCCAUUACAUUAGUGAUUGUCAAAUUGAUUCCACAUGCUAUGUCAAUAGUUUUGGGUUUUUUUGAACAAUAGGCUUCCACGAAAGAUGUUAAAUGGUUUUCUUUAAAGAUUACUGAGUCUUCUAGGGAAGGGGCCCUCCGCUUUACUUUUAGAUAAUGUCAUUGUUUCUUAUCCAUUGUGGCUCAUUCCAGUUGUUGAUGAGAAACCAUGGAAUGAAUUACCUGUCAUGCUCUCAGGCAGUGAAGCAGGAUCCCAGAAUAUACAACUGGAACAAGAGCUGUUACUGGUCAUGCUUGUGCAGGUAUUUGAACAGCGAGCAAAACUGUAAACAAGCAUUUGGGGUAAAUUUCUGCCUCAUGUACAAAAGGGAAUUCAACUGACCGGUCACAACCUCCUGUAUUUUAGGCACGUGGUAAACGUGAUAACAAAAUAACGUUGCUUCAGAAGGAUUUUAUCUAUGCCAAAUACCUAGCAAGUGACAAUCUCGUAGAGUUGGUUACUCGCACUGAGUAACCCCAGCGUAUACCUGUAGUUGUGCCCGUGGAACUCGCCCCUCGCUGGCUCAGCACGGCGGGGACUCCCAGCAGUGCUCAGCUUGUGCUCCUGGUGCGUCGUUGCUGUUGUUUAGGUCUUAAACAAGUGGAGGUCUUACUGUGUCGAGGAUUUUGUCCCUUUGAACUGGGCACUGGGGCACUAUAAACACACCCUAAGGAACCAGCUUCACUUACCGCCCUGAACGUGUCACACAAAGUUCCCCCCUGUGUCACCCUCGCUCAAAGUGCAGGUGCUGCUUGGUUUAGGAUCAGUUCGUAUGUGACUUGUGUCAAAUUCAGCUGGUUUAAAACCAGAGGGGAUAAAAAAGGCUCGAUAGACACGACAGAAGUGUUAGAGUUUUAUAACAAGCUUGCAGAGAAUCAGAAAUUACACAGAAAAUAUGCCUUCAAGACGUAGCACUGGCGCUUUCAAAGUCAUUAAAGGGCAGUUAGCAAUGUAUUUCCUAAUGCAAAAAGGUGACUUUCCUAUCAGCUUGAUGGGUUUUGAAUUAGCUUUACACACGUACCAUAGAAAUUAAAACCAAAAUGCUACAAGGCAUAAAACAAUGCUUGCCAGUCACUGCUGAACAUUCCAGGUGGUUUGCUGUCCCCUAAGAACCAUGUUGACAACCGCGGCGCUGGGGACUGUCCCACAGUAUCACAGUAUGUUUGGGAUUGGAAGGGCCCUGGCAAGCUCAUGCAGUGCAAUCCCCCCAUGGAGCAGGAACACCCAGAUGAGGUUACACAGGAAGGUGUCCAGGCGGGUUGGAAUGUCUGCACAGAAGGAGACUCCACAACCCCCUGGGCAGCCUGGGCCAGGCUCUGGCAGCCUUACUGAGAAUAAGUUUUUUCUCAAAUUUAAGUGGAACCUCCUGUGUUCCAGUUUGAACCCAUUGCCCCUUGUCCUAUCAUUGGUUGUCACCGAGAAGAGCCUGGCUCCAUCCUCCUGACACUCCCCCUUUAGAUAUCUGUAAACAUGAAUGAGUCCCCCCUCAGUCUCCUCUUGUCCAGCUCCAGAGCCCCAGCUCCCUCAGCCUUUCCUCACCCGGGAGAUGCUCCACUCCCUUCAGCAUCUUUGUUGCCCUGCGCUGGACUCUCUGCAGCAGUUCCCUGUCCUGCUGGAACUGAGGGGCCACAACUGGACACAAUAUUCCAGGUGUGGUCUCCCCAGGGCAGAGCAGAGGGGCAGGAGAACCUCUCUGACCUACUGACCACCCCCUUCUAACCUGCCCCAGGUACCAUUGGCUUCCUGGCCAUAAGGGCCCAGUGCUGGCUCAUGGUCACCCUGCUGUCCCCAGGACCCCCAGGUCCCUUUCCCCUACGCUGCUCUCUAAUAGGUCAUUCCCCAACUUAUACUGGACCCUGGGGUUGUUCCUGCCCAGAUUCAAGACUCUACACUUGCCCUUGUUCUAUUUCAUUAGGUUUUUCCUGCCCAACUCUCCAGCCUGUCCAGGUCUCUGAUGGCAGCACAGCCUCUGGCGUGUCAGCCAUUCCUCCCAGCUUGGUGUCAUCAGCAAACUUGCUGAUAGUACACUCUAUUCCCUCGUCUAAAUUGUUAAUGAAUAUAUUUAAUAAUAUAGGCCCCAGUACUGCCCUUUGGGGCCGGUUCUGCUCGCAGCGAGUGACGUUUGGGGCAGCCGUGGUGCUGAGGCUGCUCAGCCCCAGGGCUCUGUAGCAAUUCCAUUUUAUAUAAACCACAGUAACUAUUCAGCUUCAGCUCUAAGCUUAUCUUUAUUAUGAGAAUGAAAUGCUGCAUGCCUGGUAACAGCUUCUCCAAACCAAUAUGUGUAUGUUUAUUAAUACAUUCAGAUUAUUAACUUAUGAACACCCUGUGCUGCCAGUGCCUACGAACGAAGCAGCCAAUACAGCAUUUGCUUAUGAGGCACUGACUCCUGGCAGCUCUGUCUCUGCCUAAACAUGACCAGAAGCUUUCCUGCUUCAUUUGAAGGCAACACUUGUCCUCAAGGAAAACAUGACGCGUGUUCAGUGCUGACAAUUUGAAGGUUCCGCUUCCUCCUCCUCUCAGCUUCCUUAAGAGAAGGGAAACUGUGCAAACCUUCCACAUGGAGGAACAGAACCCAGACAGGGUCCCCCUGCGCCCCCAGCACACGGACACAAGGACCUGCAGGAUCACGUCCCGUGUUCUCGUGUGAAAGAACCCUGAGAGAGAAUUAUUUUAAGGUCUUUUUCUCUUAUUCCACUCAGACGAAGAGCAGCAAGCAUUGUCUUUAUCUGGCCUUGUACAGAUGAUUGGCCGCUAGCUUAGCGAGUCUCCUAGAGCAGGAUGGGAGACAUCCCUGUCACAAUACAGGUUGUUCUUCAGUCAAACUCCAAUAACGCAGGCUGUUAAAUAUUUAUGAAAGUUGUAUACAAAGAGGACCAAAGAACAGGAGUCUAAGUUAGAAAUAGAAGUCAAACACUCUCACAUUGGGUGUAACUGUAGAGAUACUGCUGAGCUAUUUGGUUUUGUGCUGUGAUAGACAAACCCUUAUUUUUUGUAAUGUAAGGCAUUAAACUCAUGCCAGAUUGUUGACUGGCAGAAGCCGAGGUAGCGCUCACCCCAUUCUGCGAGUUGCCAGCAAACUGCCUGACGUGUAUAAAGCUCCGCCUGCCAAAGCAGAGGUUGAGCUGCUCCCAGCUGGGCUGUGCGAUGCUGUAACGCUCAGUAUCAAAGGAUGCUGCGGAGCACACUUGCUAUGAAGAAUUUCUCUGAUGAGCAUGGUAGGGAACCCGUUAAGCAUCUCGUCGUUAAUUGCCAUGCCUGUGUGAAGUGAGAAUGUAUAAAGGACUCUCCUUAGCUUUCCUUACCUCAUUUUUGUCUAGAUGUGUUGCAUUUUGAUGAACAGAUGAUGUUUCUCUUUUUCCUUAGCAAACCUUUAGAAUGUCUUGUGAUAUUUAUUAACAGCCAGUCUUCUGCUCUCCAAAAUGAAUGUGUUGCUUACUGAGCCAGUCAAAAUCCCUCCUUCCUAAUUGAGGUGUUUAAAAAUGGAGUAGCCCUGUCACUAAAAUUCAGCCACAGGUAAAUACAGAUCAAGGCCUUUGCCAUUUGGAAUAGCAGCUGCCUACCACUGUGUGCUUUUGUCAGCAUUUAUCUUGAUUUAAGUGACUGUUUUCCUCAUCUGUGUCUACAGAGGCUUAAAGGGACGCACAUGCCAAUAGGUCUUAGGGAUAAAAGCCAGAGAACUUCAGGCCCAGCACAAAUCUCAGACUAAUUCUACACCACGAGUAAGGUGAUUAUGGGAAAUGAAGUUGUACGUGGAAUUUACUUGUGUCAGAAGGGGCUUCCUCCCGUAGGGCUCUGCUGAAGGCCACAGGCAGUUCUCUCCUGAGCGUAUCCCAUCAGUAAGUCCCGUCCGUCUCCAUAUUCUCAUCGAGAGCCCAAACCAGCGUUCGGUCGCUGUGUCCUCGUCAGGUGCGACAAUGACCCACUGAGCGCCGUCUCCUCUUUAGUGCUGGCUUACCCAGAGGUGGUUCUGCACCAGGAGCAUGGGGACGCCUUUCUGGCCGGAAAGUUGCCCUGACAGCCUGUCUGUGAAAUCUCAGCCCCUCUGUACGGAAAGAGCUGAACAGUUUCCGAGCCAAGCGGGAAGGAGCUCAUGGAUGUGACACGACGCUCAGUUAGGAGCCUUAAGCCGAGCCUAGACGCACUAGAUUUGGUAAAGCUGCAGAAUGAAACAUCUAGAGGCAUAAGACCAACACGCUAGUGCAAAAGGAGGCUUCUCUCUCCAGCUGCCACGAGCAGCGUUCGACCCCAGGAGCAGGAGCGGGCGGCAGCGCAGCGCAGGGAGCUCUCAGGGGUUAGCUGUGGCGAAUUUUAGAUCCUACCUGAACGUACCAAACUCGCCUCAGACAUGGAGUCCCUCCUCCUCAGAAUCGGGAAGAAGAAGAAACACAGUCUUUGGUUCGAAUAAAAGGAAAGAAAACUAUUUGCCUUCGAUUCAGUUUACGUAAAUAGACAUUUGAAGUGGCAAAUCCCACCCUCCCUUCCCUUCUAGGUCUAUUUGCUUGUACAUAUCCAGCUGGCUUGGUUUGUGGGGACCAGUCUGUAUCUUGUUUCCUGUUGUGUGCUGUACGCAGAAGAUGUCUUACUUUUGUCUGUAGUGUUUUAUAAUUUGGGUUUUGUCUUUUUGCUUACUUUUUGUAUCUCACCCUUUGAAUAAAAUCAAGUGCCCUACAUAAA